CUCAUCUGAGCCGCAACUCACUACCAUCAAGGACCGGUAUGCAGGAAUUUGAGAUUGAGCCAGCCUUGCUAUCUCAGGCAGCUGGUCAGACUGUCAUUGUAACUGGAGCAGCCAACGGGAUAGGAGCCGUUACCGCGACACUCUUCAAUCAUCAUGGCGCCAAUGUCAUCCUAUCCGAUCUUGCGUCCCUGGAGGGGACGGCCGGAGCACUUAUCCAGACAUUCUCUCGACCUGAGAAGGCAAUAUUCCUUGCAGCCGACAUCCUCGACUGGAAGCAGAUGAAGACGCUCUUUCACGAGGCAGUUCGCGUUUUCGGAGAGGUAAACAUAGUCAUCGCCAACGCUGGAGUGAUGGAGUCUCAUCCAGUACUGAACCUCGACGAUAUUGACGAAAAUGGCGAUCUCAGAGAGUCGACUGAAGGUUUUCGAGUGAUUGAUAUCAAUCUAAAAGGAACCCUGAACACUCUCAGACUAGCGAUGCACCACAUGAGGAACAAACAUCAACCAUCUGGAUCUAUUGUGCUUCUAGCAUCCACCUCUGGGUAUUUCGGAGGCACUGGGGUAGCGGCAUAUGUCGCUUCGAAACAUGGAAUCGUGGGGUUGCUUCGUGCCUCCCAGACGACUGCGCAGCAGUACGGCAUCCGCAUCAACGCCGUUGCUCCAUUUUUCACACCGACACGGAUCACAGCAGGGUUCUCAGAUAAAUGGCACGAAGCAGGUCUGGAAGCCAACACACCCCAGCGGGUGGCGGAAGUUAUUGGGCAGGUUGCAAUGGAUCCGAACCGAAAGGGGUCCUGUGUUCUGGUUGCCGGGAAGUAUCUUCGUGAGAUGGAAUCCACCAGAACAAGAAUGCUCGCGCCAUGGCUUGGGGAGGAUGUUGCGAAAUUUAUGACCAGCGCGAUGCAAUUUUUUCAAGACAUAGGGGGUUAUGUGCUCCCCAAGUACCAUUAGACAACCUUCCAUGUGAAUGUCCUGCCGACUAUUUCUUGGCUUCUUGGUUCCGAGGUGAUUAUCAAUGUGACCUGUGCCUGCAUACCAAUACUACAAGGGAAAGCCAAGCUAUCCAGAUGCGGGACUUCUUGACUACCUGGGUGAUCGGAAUGCUCUUUUCGAGCGAAUCACCCCAGUAUCAUUUCUUUUGCGUCGAAGUUAUGGCUAGAACUGCACGAUGACCGCUUCUAAUGCAGGAGCGAAACUAG